UCCUCCACCUCCCUUGCUGCCCUUGGACACACAAUCAUCGAGAAGCUUUCCCGAGAGAAUUUUUUGAUGUGGAAGGCACAGGUUCUUCCCCACAUCAGGGUUGUCGGCCUGAUGGGGAAUCUAGAUGGUACCUCUGCGGCGCCCCCUGCUGUUGUGACCAUGGAGACGGAGGUCUCCGGGAAGAAGGAGUUGAUCUCAGCUCCCAACCCGGCGUACACCGCGUGGUACAGCCAGGACCGACAGGUCCUGACUUUCCUCCUCGCAUCCCUCUCCCGGGAUGUACUCCUGCAAGUCCACACCAUCAUCACCUCCUCCGGCGUGUGGCAGAUGAUACUCAUGCUCUUUGCGGCAUAGUCCCGUGCUCGCAAGAUUCAACUUCGUGACCAACUAUCUACAUCUCGCAAAGGUGAUCUCUCCGCUGCUUCCUAUUAUACUAAGAUGAAAGGCAUCGCAGAUGAACUUGCGGCGGCCGGGACUCCUGUUGAUGAAGAUGAGGUUGUCUCUCAUAUCCUGCACGGUUUGGAUUCGGACUACAACUCCUUUGUGUCUGCAAUCUCAACCCGUGCAGCAGCAGACAAUCCCAUCGGCCUCGGUGAGCUGUUUUCUCUACUCCUCUCUGCCGAAACAAGGAUUGAAUGCCAAAACACUACUGCCGCCCACUCCAUCAACCUCGCCUCCAAAGGGGGCGGCCGUGGUGGCCCUGCUCGUUCUUCUGCUGGUGGUGGUGCCCCCUUCACCAACACCUUCGGCACCUCUGCUACACCACCAGGAGGAGGCGUUGCUCAUCCUCAAGGCCCUCUCAUCUGCCAGAUCUGCAAGUAUGCUGGCCACGGUGCUUGGUCCUGCAAAAAGCGCUUCGACAAGACCUUCAACAACAACCCCAAGCGCCAAGGCAAUCCUCCCAAGUCUGCCAAUGCCGCUGCUCCCUCCUAUGGUGUUGAUACUAAGUGGUAUCUCGACACGGGGCCGACGGAUCAUGUGACCGGUGAGCUAGAGAAGCUUACGGUUUGUGAUCGCUACACCGGGCCGGAACAAAUCCAUAUAGCAAAUGGUCAAGGCAACGGGGAACACAAUUCUUCACGGUCCAAGUAGAGAUGGACUCUACCCAAUCAAUGGCCGGCCAGCUAUCCAUGGGCGUCAGGUUCUUGGAGUCGUCAAGCCAUCUACCUCUAGGUGGCAUAGGCGUCUAGGACACCCAUCCUUCCCAGUGGUGCAGCAAAUUCUUCGUAAUCAUCAUCUUCCCGUGACCAAUAAAACCGACCAUCAUUUAGUUUGUGAUGCUUGUCAAAUGGCUAAGAGCCAUCAACUCCCUUACUCUCGUUCAACUAGUGUAUCUCAUGCUCCUUUAGAGCUUAUUUUUUCCGAUGUAUGGGGCCCUGGGCCUCUUUCUGUAGGCAAACAAAAAUACUAUGUUAGUUUCAUCGAUGAUUUUAGUAAGUUCAGCUGGAUUUA